CCAGUCGUUGGCGAGAGAAGAUUCUAGAAGAAAGACGUUGUAGACGCCGCCAUUACCUCUCAGCCCUCGACUGGGAGAGACACACGAGCGCCCUAAACCCACAGACACGCAGCCUGUUUUUUUUUUUAGUUAUUUUUUUUAUUUGUGGCUUUGUGCAUUCUAACGCGGUCUGCUCGCAAUGGAGAGGGAAAAGGAACAAUUCCGGAAACUUUUCAUCGGAGGGCUCAGCUUUGAAACGACAGAAGACAGUUUACGGAAAUACUAUGAGCAAUGGGGGAACCUGACUGAUUGUGUAGUGAUGAGGGACCCUUCCAGUAAAAGAUCAAGAGGCUUUGGGUUUGUAACUUUUUCUUCAAUGGAUGAAGUUGAUGCUGCAAUGUCGGCCCGUCCGCAUUCUAUAGAUGGCAGAGUUGUAGAGCCCAAGCGUGCCGUGGCAAGAGAGGAAUCUGCUAAGCCUGGUGCCCAUGUUACUGUUAAAAAACUGUUUGUUGGUGGUAUUAAGGAAGAUACUGAAGAACAUCACCUUCGUGACUAUUUUGAAGAAUAUGGAAAAAUUGAAAGUAUUGAAAUUAUUACAGACAAGCAAUCUUGCAAGAAGAGGGGCUUUGGCUUUGUGACAUUUGAUGACCAUGAUCCAGUAGAUAAAAUUGUCUUGCAAAAAUACCACACCAUAAAUGGUCACAAUGCUGAAGUAAGAAAGGCUUUAUCGAGACAAGAGAUGCAUGAAGUACAAAAUACAAGAAGUAGCAGAGGUGGUAACUUUGGAUUUGAGUCACGUGGUGGCGGGAACUUUGGCCCAGGACCGGGAAGCAAUUUUAGGGGAGGUUCUGAUGGCUAUGGUGGUGGACGCGGGUAUGGUGAUGGAUACAAUGGAUAUGGUGGUGGUCAAGGAGGUGGCAACUUUGGAGGUGGACCAAGUUAUGGUGGCGGACGCGGUGGAUAUGGAGGUGGCCCAGGCUAUGGCAAUCAGGGUGGUGGAUAUGGUGGAGGAGGAUAUGAUAACUAUGGUGGAGGGAACUAUGGUGGAGGCGGAAAUUACAAUGAAUUUGGAAACUACAACCAACAAUCGUCAAGUUAUGGACCAAUGAAGAGUGGUGGAAACUUUGGCGGCGGCAGGAGCAUGGGAGGACCAUACGGUGGAGGAAACUAUGGUCCAGGAAGUGGAAGUGGUGGCAGUAGUGGAUAUGGAGGGAGAAAUCGCUAUUAAAUUCCAAACUCCUGCUGGGCUUCACUGUAUAAAUAGGAGAGGAAUGAGAGCCCAGAGGUAACGCAGCUGCAGGUUAUCGAGAUUACAAAGUUUAAGGAGACAUUAUCUCAGUCAUGCAUAUAACAUGCAGUGAUAUGACAGAAGACACCAGAGCAGAUGCAGAGAGCCAUUUUGUGAAUGGAGUGGAAUAUAUUUAAGUACAUAACCUUACAAUGGAGGAAGGACUGUAAAAAUGUCUUUAAGACGGUUUCAUAGGUUUUUAAUUGUUUAUUUGUAGUGGUCUUUGUACAGAGUGCAGCAGCAUUUUCUUUUUGAUAAUGUUAAAUUUUUAAGUUACAGGUAACGUGAAACUUUUUUUAAAGAUUUCUGAACAGUUGAAGCAACUAGCCAGGAUCAUGGUGUAUUGAGACUUUUUGUUUUCCUUUUAAAUUUCAGUGUGUAUAGUUAAUGAGCUGUUGUACACUUUCAUUUAAUAAAAUAAUUCGAAAGGAAAUACUUGUCUGUUUCUAGACUUAUGAAUUUUCUUGUUACAAGGAAGAGUAGCAAUGAGUAUUAAGUGUCUGUGUUUUGCCAGUUAUAAGGAGAAAAGUAAUUAGGUUGCUGAGGGUAUCACUGCAAAGAGAAACUCCUGUUUAGAUCUUUUAGAUGCAGCUGCUGCUUCCAUGGCAAGUAAAGGAAGUUUUCCCAGCGAGGUACUCUACCCAGAGACACAGGUCUAGUACAAGAACCAUUGAGAGCGACUUCUAAGUUCAGUCUUUUAACACUGAGCUAAAGUUCUGGAUAAAGGUUUUUGCUACACUAGAUUAAGGAUGUCUACGAAAGCUGAGGGGGUAGAGCAAAGUAGUGCUAAGCUUCAUAGAAACAUCUUGUAGCAGUGGGUUGAAAAUGGACAAGCAGUCUGACAAAGACUGAGCUUCGGUUCAACAAAUGAAACAAGGGGCAUACAUAUCCAAGUGGUCCACAUUUAUGGGGUCCUUGCAGGAUGUUACAGGUUCUGGAGCAGGUAUCAUUGCACAUGAAGGCUCCAAAAUUUGCUGCAGUGGCUCUGGCCCAAAGGCUUCAAGAAUGAUUGGCUUUUGAGAGAAAUGGAGAUGAAGUGCCAAUGUGCAGAAUAUUUUUUAUUUUUUGUGAAACUUCCAGGCUGGUUCUGCAAACUUAAUAUGAUGUUUUAAUAAAGCUUAUUUUUAUUUGUGUAAA